AGUCAAUCUAUUCUUCGUAUCCCAUUGACAACCGAACAUGAGUCAAAAAUUCAAUCCACUCAACUAAACCAAAUAAGUUUACUAGCAACCAAGAUAAGAUUUGAAAAUAAACUUAAAUUGCAUAAAAUACUCUCUUUUAAAGGUUUAGCCAGUGGAAACAUUUUCUAACCCAUGUUCGGCAGUCGAUGGGAUAAGGGUGCUUGCAGCUUGUUCCUGUAACGCAACUGCAAUCUUUGAAAAAAAGGUAGGUACGUAUUACUUAAAUUUAAGGAAGGAACGAUAUGUAAGGAGAGGCUAUUUACAAGUGCGCUACCCUCGCUACUUUUAUUCCUUACCGGCAGCACUUUCCCUUGAAGUUUCUCACCUACCUAAGUUAAAGAAACUUACACACCUUCAACCUAAAUACUUCAUCCUUCCUAAUUCACCCCAACCAAACCCCAAAUCAUCAUCCGCCAAUAUGCCUCCUCGAGUGAUCCCUCCAACAUACAAUCAUCCACCACCCGAUCCCAGCGACCCCGGAUUCAACCUAAAUGCAUGGAUGGACGCGACCUUCGAAGGCGUCGACAAUUCCAACGCCGCCUGCGCCGCCCAGAGAGCAGGCCGGUUCGAAGAGUCCAUCAGGCUGCACCAGAAAGCCCUCGAGUACAAGCUGCGCUUCCACCCGCCGGACUCCAUCCAGGCAGCCAUCACCUACAACGGCAUGGGCGAAGCCAUGCUGCGCGCGGGAAGGCUGGACGAAGCAGACGAAGCUUUUCACAAAGCGCUCCCGAUUCGGGAGGGAGGAGGCCCGGUCCUAGAUGCGGCAGUGACCCGUGACAACAUCGGCCAGCUGCGGGAGGCCCAGGGAAGAUUCGCCGAGGCUAGGGAGAUACGUAUUAGAGGCACGGGAGAGCAGAUGGUGUGCGGACACUACGACUGCCCCCAAGGCCGAACCUUCACUCAGAGAGAACUGAAAGCCUGCGGCGCAUGCCAGUCGGUUUUCUACUGCUCUAAGGAAUGCCAGAAGCAGGACUGGACUCAGCGACAUAAGCCGCUGUGCCAAGCGCGUCAGGCUGAGGGACAGUCUAGCAACCAGGGAGCUGGACAGUGAGUAGGCAGGUUCCUUAGGGAUUUAAGAGAGAGAAAGAAUUUCGGGGCAGAGAAAUGUACCUAAGGAGCGAUAGAUACGGUUUAGAUAGUACAAUGCCG